AUGUACUACGUCCACGCGCUGCACGUCAGUCACGGCCCCAUUGUUCGCAUCUCUCCCCACGAAGUAGCUGUCGCAGACCCAGCAGGCUUCACCGCAAUUCACCGCAUCGGGGGCGGUUUUCUCAAGGCGCCGUGGUACGAGGAGUCUAACGCGCCUGACGAGGGUGAGCCGAGUAUCUUUGCGAUGCGGGAUCCGAGAAAGCAUGCUAUUCGCAGGAGACUUCUUGGUAGGGUCUUUACAAAGGUUUUGCUCAGGAGAGAGUGGGAGGGCGUCGUUAGAGGUAAGGUUGAAGUGGCUGUAGGUAAGAUACAUGCAGAGGCUGAGAGGGGUGGGUGCUCGGAUGUGUUAAAGUGGUUUACCAUGAUGGCGACUGAUGUCGUCGCUCACUUGUGCUUCGGGGAGUCUUUCAAUAUGCUCGAAUUGGGCGAGAUGCUGGAGCUCAUCUCGGUGCAAAACAUCACACGCUACGAGCUUCCCUGGCUGCACUUCAUCCGCUCUCGUAUGCCGCUCCUCAAAUCCUCGACCGACCUCGUCGACGCGCAGGCCGUCCUCGAUAGCUACGGCAAUCGCGCGCUUGAGAACCUCCGCCAGAAUAGCGAUCGCAACAGGACCCUGUUCGCGACCUUGCUGAAUGCCCUCGACGCGGACGAUAUCAACGACAAAGAAGAAGAAGAGAAGGGCGCUAAUGCGAAGCUUACAGAAGAAAUGGUGCAGAGAGAAAGCCGGAGCAUGAUCAUCGGCGGCUCGGACACAACGUCCAUCACGCUGGCGUACCUAGUCUGGGCGGUAGUAAGGCGACCUGAUUUGAGAAUCAAAUUGGAAGACGAGGUCACGGCAUUGAACCCCAGUUUCGACGAUGAUGUACUGGAAAAGCUCUCGCUGCUCAACGCCGUGAUUGACGAGACGUUGAGGCUGUACGGCGCUGUCCCGGGACAGCUGUCGCGGUCGGUGCCGGCGAGCGGCGCCACGCUCGGAGGGUACUUUGUCCCCGGCGGAACAACGGUGGAGACGCAGGCGUACACACUUCACCGGAAUCCGGCGGUGUGGCCGGAUCCCCUACGCUUCGACGAGACGCGAUUCAUGGACCAAAGCAAGCUCACACCGAACCAGAGAGUCCUCUUCUCGCCAUGGGGCGCCGGCUCGCGGAUCUGCCUGGGCGUAGAGCUCGCGAGAAUGGAACUCAGAUUAGCCGUGGCCGUGCUCUUUAGAGAGUGCAGGGGUCUGAGGAUGGCGCCCGGGAUGACGGAUGAGAUGAUGGAGAUGGAGAACUUCUUCAUGAUCAGCCCUGUUGGGCACAAGUGCGAGGUGACUUUACUCUGA